AACGGAACACCGAGCGAAGGAGCGAGCGAGAGAGAAGCAUUCGUAGGGCAGCAUGGAGGUUACGGCAUGUUAGCUGAAAAACUGAUACUUUUAUGGAAAAAUGAUGAUUUCGUGUAAAAAUUUAUUCGUAUUUCGGCACCUGCCGGCGGUGCGCAGCUACCUGGCGGCCACCGCGUGCUCCACGCCCAGUGCCAUCGCCUGCCGAAGCCUCUCCAGCGCAUGGAAACCGACGAGGAGCGCAGGAAAUCCAUCGCAAGAACGCCGCCUGCACACCACGCGCCGCCUCCUGGCCAAGGACUACUACACGACGCUGGGCGUGGCCAAGAACGCCAACGGCAAGGACAUCAAGAAGGCCUACUACCAGCUGGCCAAGAAGUACCAUCCCGAUACGAACAAGGAGGAUCCGGACGCGGGCCGCAAGUUCCAGGAGGUCUCCGAGGCCUACGAGGUGCUCAGCGACGAGCAGAAGCGCCGUGAGUACGACACCUACGGCCAGACGGCGGAGAAUAUGGGCCGCCAGGGCGGCGGUUUCCCCGGCGGCGGAGGAGGUGGCUUCGGGCCCGAGGGCUUCUCGCAGAACUGGCAGUUCCGCUCGACCAUCGAUCCCGAGGAGCUGUUCCGCAAGAUCUUCGGCGAGGGCAACAACUUCCGGACGAACAGCUUCGACGACUUUGCCGACUCCAAGUUCGGUUUCGGCCAGGCCCAGGAGAUGGUGAUGGACCUGACCUUCGCCCAGGCGGCGCGCGGCGUCAACAAGGAUGUGAACGUCAAUGUGGUCGACCAGUGCCCCAAGUGCGCCGGCUCCAAGUGCGAGCCGGGCACGAAACCGGGUCGCUGUCAGUACUGCAACGGCACCGGCUUCGAAACGGUGUCCACGGGCCCCUUCGUCAUGCGCUCCACCUGCCGCUACUGCCAGGGAACGCGGCAGCACAUCAAGUAUCCGUGCAGCGAGUGCGAGGGCAAGGGACGCACCGUGCAGCGGCGCAAGGUCACCGUUCCGGUGCCGGCGGGCAUCGAGAACGGGCAGACGGUGCGCAUGCAGGUGGGCAGCAAGGAGCUGUUCGUCACCUUCCGCGUGGAGCGCAGCGACUACUUCCGCCGCGAGGGCGCCGACGUGCACACCGAUGCGGCCAUCUCGCUGGCCCAGUCGGUGCUCGGCGGCACGGUGCGCGUGCAGGGCGUCUACGAGGACCAGUGGAUCAACGUGGAGCCGGGGACCUCGUCCCACCACAAGAUCAGGCUGCGCGGCAAGGGCCUGAAGCGGGUGAACGCCCACGGGCACGGCGAUCACUACGUGCACAUCAAGAUCGCGGUGCCGUCGGGCAGGAAGCUGGACAAGCAGCGACUGGCCCUCAUCGAGGCGUACGCCGAGCUGGAGGAGGACACUCCGGGCCAGAUCCACGGCAUCACGAAUCGCAAAGAUGGCAGUAAGAAAGCAACCGCAGGAGCGAGUGAGGCAUCAGGAGCAGCUGCAGCAGGAGAAGAUCGAUCCUCCAAGCCAGGAGAAGGAGAAGGAGGAGCAGCAGAAACAGAAGGCAAAGGCAAAGACCAGCGGACGGAACACGAAACCAAAGCGAAAGAAGGCGGCGGAUCCGGAUCCGGACAAGGCGACGGCGGAGGCUUCAUAAACAAAAUCAAGUCCAUGUUCAACUGACAGUCGAUUCUGUUUGUUAGUGUCUAAGUUAACGCACGUUAUUGUUGCUAAUCUAAGCGAGGGGCGGGAACCGAGGGAGUGUAUUCCAAAUACGAGUUGGUUCGAGAUGAAUAAACCAAAUUGACCGUCAUUCGAGCAAUUUUAA